AUGGGCCCCAAAAAGGAAAAGCCAAAAGAUGACUCCCAGUCCCUGCAUGGGGGAGGUGUCAAAACCAAGAGGAAGAGGAGGAACAGUGGCACCAGGCCAAAGUGGAGAAACACUGAGCACACGGGGAUGAAGGAGAGAUCAGUGGAGGAAAAGCAAGUGAACCUGGGGUGGGAAAAGGAGGCGAGCCCUGUGCCCAUGCUUCCUCGCAUCCCUUUAAAAAGUAUCAUGGAGGUGGAGAUGAAGUUAGUGUACAGCGAUGAGCAGGACAUUGCACAGAAGCUCACGGAGUCCCCAGCCUCCUCAGCCUCACAAUUAAUGUGUCAAGCCUCUGAAAUAGUAGGCCCUCCAAGUGGACCUAAUCUCAGCUUUCUGCCUCAAAUUGACAAAUGGCUCGAUGUUGCUUUACAGGAUGCCGACUCAUACUACCGACGGAAGAAAUAUGGGGUAGCAGCUAGUCGUUUCACCACAGCGCUGGAGCUUUGCUCUAAAGGUGCCGUGCUGAGUAAAGCCUUUGAUGCUGAUUAUGAAGACAUUUCAAAGGUUGCCAGCUUCAUUGAAUCGAAGCUUGUUGCCUGUUACCUAAGAAUGAGGAGACCCGACUUAGCACUUAAUCACUCCCACAGGAGUAUCCAUCUGAACCCCAUCCAUUUCCAAAACCAUUUCCGACAAGCAGUGGUGUAUAGACUGCUGGGACACCCCCGUGAGGCAGCAAGGAGUGCCAUGAUUGCUGACUAUGUAUACUGGCUGUCCGGAGGCACAGAGCAGCACAUAAGCAAGCUCAUCAAACUGUAUUGGCAGGCGAUGCUGGAGGAAGCCAUCACAAUGGAGGAUAAUUUUUCUGUCAUGUACACCCCUUGCAACGGGAGUCUCUCCAAGGAUGGAAUUCAAAAGACCAAGGAGAUCUUCCAGAGGCAGCAUCCUGUGUACACACAGUACCUGUUCACAGAUGCCAGUGGUAGCCACUUCCUGCCACAGACGACCAGCUGGACUGGAUCUGCAUCUCAGAGGUACACCCUGACUUUGGGGUUCAGGAGGAGUGAGGAUGGGAACUUCCUAGAUCAACUGCUCACCAGGAAGUGUCCCAUAUUUACAGGAAGUAGAACACCGUUCAACCCCCUGUCUACAGAAGACAUUGAGAGGAUGAGUGACAACUUAGAGAGGAAGAUUCUCCCAGUCUUAGAUUUCCUUAAGUGCACCAAGUUAGCUGUGGGGUUCUCAGCAGGCUCGGGGUUGAUGGAGAGGCUACAGUAUGCCGACUGCCUGGGCCAACUGCGGCGCGCCAAGGAGCAGUCUGUGGCCGUGCAUCAGACUUUGGCUGAACUAGCAGUUGCGCCUUACCUGCAGGACAUCAGUCACUCAGAGACCCAAAUGCUGCAGGCUCUAAUGGCAGACAGCAUGGACACCCUUGAAGGAAGGCGGACUGAUAAAGAACGUGUGUGGAAUGAAAUGCAAAAGAUUGGUUUGCUGGAGGACCUGGUCUAUCAGCUGGAGGAGAAGUAUCUGAAGGACAGAGGACUGAAGGACACCAGGAAGCCAAAAGCCAGGGAGAAGAGGGGCAGGAAAAGGAAGGCCGCACCCAGUCUCGAGGAAAGGUUGGCAGCCACAAACCAAGGGACUGUGGCAGCCAAGACAUUUAUACACUCCAGGCAUGACAAUUGGGACAGCAAAGGCCUGUCUUCAAAUUAA